AUGGAGGAGUCACCAGGCACAGUCUCCACGACAACCCCAGUGACCAGCUCUGCACCCUCUUCUUGCUCCAGCCCCAAAAAGGAACAUUUGAUCUUGGCCUUUUUUGCUGGGGUUCUGCUGACACUGCUACUCAUGGCCCUUAUUUUCUUCAUCAUCAAGAGCUGCAGAAGAAGUAACUCCAGCACCCAGGCCCAGGACUCUCUCUCAGAGCCUCCCAUCAAGCUUUCAUCCACAUCAAAGGAGUCACUUACCUACGCCAGCAUGACUUUCAAGCCCUCGGGAGAAAGCAGCAACGGCUUGACUGGAAACAGCUCCACAGGCUUGGAGCCCACCGUCUACUCUGAGAUUAAAGUAGCAGGCCCAUCCCUGCCUCUCCAGUGA